AUGGGGGCCGGUAUUUCCCGGACAAAAAACAAGUCGGAGAAGAAUCAGCAGGGCCGGUUAUUGCCAUCUCCAGCUGUACAGACCCCGCAGGUUUCCCCCUUACAGCACCCCGUUCCUUCCCCACUUUCAAGCAUCCCAGAACGGUGUGUUACACUGUACCACCGUCAUCUCAGUGAAAAAGAAAAAGAUGUUAGUACAGGCCGGCUACGUACACUUCGGGCUCCCGGAGAUCCGGCUGGCAGGCACGAAAGAGGCGGUCUUCCCCGACCGCACACACAGAGCGCCUCGAAUAGCAUGGAGUAUGAAGUAAAAGAUGUCGAGAGCCCAGUGGAGCAAGCCGAAUCUCACCCCAAGGAAACCUGCUUCAGCAUCAACAGAUCUAACUUUAUUCUUGAGAAUACCGGCAAAAUACAAAGCCUCUAUGACAUCGAUCCAACAACUCUCGGUUCAGGAACAUACGGCAGUGUCUCACGGGCAGUCCGCAGAUCCACUGGAAUGCAAAGAGCCGUCAAAACGAUAAGCAAAUCGCAGGUCAAAAGCAUCGAGAGAUUUAGAAGGGAAAUAGAUAUCAUGAAAAGCCUAGACCAUCCGAAUGUCGUAAAGUUAUUUGAGACCUUUGAAGAUCACAGAAACAUAUACCUCGUCAUGGAGUUGUGUGAGGGUGGCGAGUUGUUUGAUCGAAUCAUAGCGGAAGGCCACUUUACGGAGAAGCGCGCGGCGUUGCUCAUGCGACAGGUCUUUUCUGCUGUUAAUUAUUUGCAUUCAAACCACAUAAUGCACAGGGAUUUGAAGCCUGAAAAUUUCCUCUUCUUGAGCUCUGCCAGGGAUAGUCCCUUAAAAAUCAUCGACUUUGGGCUUUCAUGUCGAUUUAAGCCCGGCGAGUUUGUCUCGACAAAGGCUGGAACGCCAUAUUACGUGGCCCCCCAGGUUUUGGAAGGCCGAUACGACUUUCGCUGCGAUGCGUGGAGCUUGGGCGUUAUAUUGUACAUUUUACUUUGCGGAUUCCCGCCAUUUUAUGGAGAUACGGACGCAGAGGUUUUAGCACAAGUGAAAGCAGGCUCAUAUUCAUUUGCUGGGCCAGAGUGGAGACGUGUCUCUGACGAGGGAAAGGAUCUUAUUCGAAAACUUCUCAAGAUAAACCCGGAUGAGCGUCUGCAGGUGGACGAUGCCUUGCAUCACCCUUGGAUCAUGAGCCUUGCUCAGAGCAGUCAAAACGUGCCACUACCUGUUACGCUUAUGGCAAACCUCAAGGGCUUUCGAGCGCAAAAUCGUUUAAAGAAGGCCGCCCUAACCGUAAUAGCGCAACACAUGACUGACUCGGAUAUCGAUCAUCUUCGUAAAAUAUUCAUUUCCCUCGAUGUGGACAACUCGGGGACACUCUCAGUGCAGGAAGUUGCCGAAGGGCUAAAACGUUUGGGGUGGACAGAAAUUCCUCCCGACCUUCAGGCCAUCAUGGAAGAGGUCGACUCAGACAAAUCUGGCCACAUUGACUACACUGAAUUCAUUGCUGCAACUAUGGAUAGGAAGUUGUAUAUGAAAGAGGACGUGUGCUGGGCGGCUUUCCGCGUGUUCGAUUUGGACGGCAAUGGCAAAAUAUCUCAAGAUGAGCUGCGCCAGGUCCUCGGGAUGCCGAACGUACAGGGGGCCGUUGGCACGGAGACUAUAUCUGCUCUACUAAAGGAAGUUGACCUCAACGGGGAUGGAGAGAUCGACUUUGAAGAGUUUAUGCACAUGAUGCGCAAGCGCACUCCCGGGGAAAUCCAGAGAGAACGGGAGUUCAAGAAGAAAUCUGGGAAGCUAUAA